AUGGUGGUCAAAGCUGAAAGAAGCAGCUGACUUGCUGAAUUUAUUUCAAAUAAUAAUAAAAAACCAAACAUUUUAUCGCCUUGGAGUAAGUUAGUGAAAUCGGAUCCGUUCCGCUGUAUCGCUGGUGUCACAUACGAGAGAGGGGGCGCGACAUUGCGGAGAGGGACUAGAGCAAACCUGCAAAAGCUGCAGAUUCUGGGGAAGCCCUGACAUGUGAGGCCAAGCAGGGAAUCACUCGGUCCCCUCCUCUCUCUCCUUGAAUGAUGGAGGAGUCAGCCAAAGACGCAUCCUUGGAAGUGGAGUUUGACUACAACACAAACCAUAUCAAAGACAAAGACUGUUUUCAGCCUGAGGAAUCAAAUAAGACACUGAAAAUUGAUCAGGAGGUGUGUGCCACAGAGAGCCACCAAAAAGUAGACUUCUGGUUCUGUGAAGAGUGCAAGGAGUACUUCAUAGAGGAAUGCCCAACCCACGGACCCCCAGUCUUCAUUCCAGACACCCCUGUGGCCCUGGGGGUUCCAAACCGAGCCGCUCUGACAGCUCCUGCUGGAAUCGAGAUCAUCCAGGAGGGAGGAGAGGUGGACGUCUGCUGCGUUGACAGGAACAUCCCAAAGGGAGCGCUGUUUGGCCCUUACCAGGGAGAGGUAGUCUCUCAGGACAAGUCCUCAGGGUUCUUCUCCUGGAUGAUUGUUGAUGAAAACAAUACAUAUAAAUCGAUUGAUGGCAGUGAUGAAACUAAAGCCAAUUGGAUGAGGUAUGUACGGACCUCAGCAGAGGAGAGUGAGAGGAACCUGACUGCCUUUCAGCAUGGUGAGCACAUCUACUUCCGGGUCUGCCGGGACCUGUCAGAGGGAGAGAAGCUACGUGUUUGGUACAGUGAAGACUACAUGGGGAGGCUACACAGCAUGUCCCAGGAUAGCAUUGACCACAACCUUGCCACAGACUUUAGGCUACACAGCAUGUCCCAGGACAGCAUUGACCACAACCUUGCCACAGUGGAAAGGGGGGGAGAGCUUCCCGUGUGGUCAAGCCCCUGGAAUGUGACCCCACGGGACAGGGAGGCCACGCAGGCGCUUAUAGAGCAUUACGGGUCACCAGAGAUCCAAAGUUUGCUAAACGAUAGGACCACCAGGACAAAACAGAUAUUCAAACUCAUCGCCAGCCGGAUGGAGGCACAAGGCUUUCUGAUCAGCGAGAACUCUUGGAAGGCAGGCGAGCGUUGCUUUCAAAAGUGGAGGAAUUUGGAGCGAACGUACAAAGACUACAUCUUAGCUCGGAAGAAGUCCAAUGCUGGUAGGAGGAAGCAGCCUGAGUUUUUUGAACAGUUCCACGCUCUCAUGGGCCAGCGGCUGAGCCUCAAACUAGCAGCUGUGGCUGAUUCUCCCGCCCGCAGCGCUGGGGCAAACGCUAAGGCGGUGGCUCCUCCUCCAGCCCUUCCCCUCUAUGCCAUAGUGGUCCCCGCAAGCCACCCCGUCACCGUCAGCAUCCCCUCCGCCUCUACCUCGGAGGCCGAGAACUGCGUUCAGGCAGCCACGUCGAAGCCUAUGCCCUUGGCAAGGAAGUCGGCAAGGGAGAGGGUCCCUCAUCCAAAAUUCUUGCUGGAAAACGGGGAGGGUUAUGGGAGACCAGAGAAGCGAGUCCAGAAGAAAAAGCGGAGGUCAUGGCUGGGGGACGACAGAGCUGUUGAAAACGGUGGGGUUUUGCCUGUGUGGUCAGACCGCAAAGUGACCAGUCAGGACAUUGAGGCUACAGAAGCACUUGUAGAUCUCUACGGGUCACCGGAGAUCCAGGGUUUGAUCAAGGAGAACAAAACCCGCACCAAAAAGAUCUUUGAGAUCAUCGCCAGCCGGCUUGAGGCGCAAGGCUUUCCUAUUAGUGACGUCCCUGAAAGAGCUGGGGAGCGUUGCUUCCAAAAAUGGAGGAACUUGUCUCGGGCAUAUAAAGAGUAUGUUCUUCACCCCGAGAAGCCUGAUGCUGCAAAAAGAAAGCCACCUCCUUGCUUCAAGCAGCUCCAAGACCUCAUUGGCCACAGACUCCAUCUCCAGCUGUCUGCCAAUAGCGACUCUCCUGACCCUGACAGGGGGGCUGAGGUGGAGGUGGAGGGUGCGUGCCAGUCCCUCAACAUAGUGGAGGUCCCGCCGAGCCCUCCCAGCGCCGAUGUCGAAGUGGGCCUCCCUUCCACGUCCACUUUGCAGGCAGACAAUCACCACCAUGUAAGCCCCUUAUGCCCAGCCUCAAAGAGGAAAAGGCUCGUGGAUGUGGCCGAGCUCCUCCAGGAGCACAGGGAGGAGGACAGGAGGAGAGAGCAGGAGAGAGAGAGGAGGGCGGAGGAGCGCUUCCAGCAACUGUGUAGCAUGCUGGAGCAGCAACACACCGAGAGGAUGCUGUUGAUGAGGGAGCUGAUAAACGCUGUCAAGAAAAAGUGAAUUUUUGAAGAGCAUGUACAUUUUCAUGGAAUACUCUUUUUACUACAAAAAACAGUAUAGCUAUGGCUUUUUGAUUAUCUUAAUGUGAUUCAUUGUAAAUGUGUUACUUGAGGAAGACGUUUUUACCCAAAAUUUUUUUUUUCUUUUUUAUAAUAACAUCAAACAAAUGGGUUGUUGAGGGCCAGGGGAGGUCAAGGGCAGCAUACAUUUACUGUAUAUUGCCCAGUAGUUUUUAUUACUUCAUUCUAGCUCUCCUGUUCUGACUACUUACAGAUCUUGGUGCAG